UCUAAAAAGGUGAAUUUCUCACCAGCGUUUUCACAAUCAUAUGCUAAGCCCGUUAUGAACCCGUCAAAGACUAAAUCAAGAACAGAGGCACCCUCCAAACGAUUCGACCCAAAAGCAACUGGAGGAACGCCUGAUAUGUUUACGGAUGGAGCAUUUACUAUGAACAGCAGGGGACGCAAAAGUGGAGAGACUCCACCAGAUGGACGUCAGGCUUCUGUAAAAUCCAGACGGCGCUCACUCUCUGUGCCUCCUGACCCUGGAGAAAAGUACUCUAUUUCAACCAUUGUAAAAGCUCGGAGCUUGGCGAUGAAGUGGCGAGGAAAGAAUGGCAGAAUGGGAAGAAGGCACACUGUUCUACCCACGAUAACUGACGAUUCCACAAAGUUCUCUCUCUGCGCAAACGUCAAGUGCAGUCCCCAGUUUGAGGCGGUCAUAAAGAUCUUACAGGAUGACAACCCGGAAGAUGUCGAUGAUACAUUGAAAAGCUUUGAGCAACUUAAAAUAGAUUAA